AUGGGCUCGCCCAAAGACGACAACGACGACGACUAUGACGAUAUCCCUCUCCAACACAAGCGCCCGUUUGGUGCCGGACUGCACAGGAAGCCGGUAGCCUUUGUAUCUGCAUCUGAAGGAGGCCAACUACAGUCGGUCGACGAUGCCUCCGUGAAGAAACCACAUCACGACGUGGCCGACCUCUACCUCAGCAUGGUCCUGCCGGACGACGUGAAACGGUCCAACUCGGCACCCCCCACAAACAGCCCUACCAAAGACAGUAGUCCAUCGCAGUCCAAUCUCUGCACAGUCUGCAGGCUACCUUUCGAUGCCGACAAAACCACCCAUGCGCAGUCCUUCGCGCACCAGGUCUGCCUGCCGCACUCGCAGCCCCCCUCAGCCCAGGACCGCUCCCGCAUGGGAUUGGCCUACCUCUCGGCCUACGGCUGGGACCCAGACGCUAGGAAGGGGCUUGGAGCUAAGCAGCAGGGUAUUCAGUUUCCCAUCAAAGCCAGGCUGAAGGAGGACAAACUCGGCAUCGGCAUGGAGGUGCCCAAAAGCCUGCCCCCGCCCAAGAAAAAGGAGCAGUUGCUUGACGCCAGGAAAGUCAGGAAGAUGGCAGCUGAGGAGACGAAGAAGGCCGAUAGGAUUCGGCGGGAGCUGUUCGGAGACGGCAGGCUAGAGAAGUACCUCGGCUCGGGCGCCACCUGA